AUGGCGACUUCCAAUCGCAUCGGUGAGGUUGCCAUCGUCGGUGGAGGCGGAAAUGUCGGCGGCUUCGUAACUGAAGCCCUGCUUUCGACCGACAAGCACAUUGUCACGGCCAUCACUCGGGCCAAUAGCCAGAGCACAUGGCCAGAGCGUAUAACAGUUGCGAAGGUCGACUAUAGCAAGCCGGGAACGUUGAUCGAGGCACGGGGCACGCCCAAAGGGUUGCUCGGCCUACCGAAGGGGGAUACUGAUGAGGCGAUCAAGGCUGGGAUCGAACGCUCGAAAGCCGCCGCCGUAUAG